AGCAGACAAAGUUUAUCAUAUCACAGCAGUUAGAAAGUAACUUUUCAAGUCUGCUUGUAUGCAAUCCAUGCAGCUGUACCUUUAAACUUUGGAAUCAAACCAGCCAAGUGAGGGCCAGCCCUUGAGAGCAGCUUCAAAUGCUGGUUUCAGAGUAAGAGCAAAAGGAGACAAGCGGUGCUGACUGUGCUCUGGAGAGACUCCUCUGCAACCACCAGAAUGGCAAAGCACGCAGCCCUCUCUCUCCUCUUUGUCAUGACUCUGGCAAGCUCAUCCCUUGCACAUCGGAAGCUUCUGCUGUUCCUGAUUGAUGGCCUUCGCCAUGAUUAUAUCAACGACCAAGAGCUGGAGUCCUUGCCUGGCUUCAAAGAGAUUGUCAACAGUGGUGUGAAAGUGGAUUACCUGACCCCAGAUUUCCCUAGUCUUUCCUACCCAAACUACUACACCUUGAUGACUGGUCGCCAUUGCGAGGUCCAUCAAAUGAUUGGCAACUACAUGUGGGACACAACCACCAACAUGUCUUUUGAUAUUGGUGUGAAUCAAGAGAGCCUGUUGCCUCUUUGGUGGAAUGGGUCAGAGCCACUAUGGGUCACAAUGAUGAAAGCAAAGCGGAAAGUCUUCAUGUACUAUUGGCCUGGAUGUGAAGUUGAAAUCCUUGGAAUCAGGCCUACCUACUGCCUACCAUACUACAGUGUUCCAACAGAUGCCAACUUCUCCAAUGCCGUGAAUAAUGCUAUUGAAUCUCUGAGGAGAGGCACAGCAGAUAUGGCAGCAGUGUAUUAUGAAAGGAUCGAUGUAGAAGGUCAUCAUUAUGGGCCUUUGUCUGUUCAGAGGAAGAAUGCUUUAAAAGCUGUGGACAAUGUACUGCUCAAUAUGACUAAGUUUAUCAAGGAUAAGGGCCUGCAGAACAACCUGAAUGUCAUUCUUUUCUCUGAUCAUGGGAUGACUGACAUUUCCUGGAUGGAAAAAUUGAUUGAGCUGAGAAACUGUAUCAACAUGAGUGACAUUAUACAAGUAAAGGACCGUGGCCCUGUUGUAAGCCUGUGGCCAGCCAAAGACAAGGAGCUUCAGGUCUAUAACUUGCUGAAACAUGUGCCACACAUGACAGUUUACAGGAAGGAAGAUAUUCCUGACAGGUUCCACUAUAAAAGGGGGAAAUUUGUCUCACCUUUGACACUUGUGGCUGAAGAAGGAUGGUUCAUAGUGGAGAGCAGAGAACCCCUUCCAUUUUGGGAGAAUGGCACUGGGAGAAGAGAGGCCUGGCAGAACGGAUGGCAUGGCUAUGACAAUGAGCUCAUGAAUAUGAGAGGUUUCUUCCUUGCAUAUGGCCCAGAUUUCAAGUCUAACUUCAGAGCAGCACCAAUCAGAGCAGUGGAUGUUUAUAAUGUUAUGUGCAAAGUCACAGGAGUACAGCCACUGCCAAACAAUGGAUCCUGGUCCAGAGUGGAGUGCAUGUUAAAAAAUAAUGCCAGUUUGGCACAGUUAUUCCAAUGGAGCAGCUCUGCACUGGCACUAGUUCUGUUUGUGUUGUUUGUAUAACACAUCUUGUUACUCUGGUCCCAAUACAAUGUCAGCCAGUGUAUCCAGUCCCCCCACCCCCGCUCCAUUUAAUCAUUUGAAUAGCAGCAUUAAUGGAAUGCUGUCUAGAGAAAACUAUGUACAUUCAUCUCUUUAAAAACAACAAGCCUGUCUCCAGGUUUUGUCUGGAGUGUAAGAAGCAAAACUUUGAAGCAUGCUUCAUUUGAGGAAGGUGCUUGUGCCUUACAAAAGACAGCAAAAAAAGGAGAACCACUUUCACUUUUACUUGUCCUCUGUUCCGCCAGCAAUCUCCUCAGGGCCCAGCUGAAGCUCAAAAGCCAUCAUCACAACACAACCAAAUCAAUUUCAGAAUUAGGCAUUCUUUCUGCUUCCUCCUCCAGCAGCCUUUCUGGCCUUACAUACAGUGAUAAUCUUGGGAGACUGCCAUGUGGUUGCUAUGCAACCACUCCCCUUUCCCAAGUUCCCCUUAACAUCACUAUUCAGUUUUUAUUUGGCCAUGGCCUUCCCUGGCUGUUCCUCUCAGAGCGAUGACACUUCAUCCCUACACAGCAGAAAGUCCCACUAAUUUUACCUGAACUUGAGAUUCACUUUUAAAUAAAUAUAUUUUAGGAUCUA